UUUUUCAGUCCACACCAAAUAUAUUCGUAAUGCAAUUAAUCCACAAGUAUUACUUUUACAAUCAACGCAAGUUUUCUUUUCCACAUUUAUGACAAUUCAUUAUUUGUUGACAGAUAAUUACCGUUAUAAAUAAAAAUAUAUAACUACAGUGAUAUUAAUGUUGAUACAAUGUGAUAAUACAUGUUAUUAACAUUGCGCAAUAACAUUUCUCUUAUAAUAAUAACAAUAUUGUAUAGAUCGUGUCUAUAUUUAUACUGCUCACAGAAGUAAUAAGAACAGCUGAUUCCAAACCCAUAACUGCACACUAUCCGGGAAACAUUGCGAGCUACUUUCGUUUCACGCAACACGUACCAGUAUUUUCUAUGGCGUGCGAUUACAAUUUCGUUCAAGCUAAUGAAAGCAAUGUUGUGUAUAAUCUCGAACCUACCCAUUGUGAUACUCAAACACGACAUUCUCUUGCAGAAGAUCGGUCGCCGAUGGCCCAGUUCAGUCCGUGUGACCAGGCGUCCUCGAGGCUACUUUCAUUGCGAGCUACAUUGCGAGCUACUUUCGUUUCACGCAACACGUACCAGUAUUUUCUAUGGCGUGCGAUUACAAUUUCGUUCAAGCUAAUGAAAGCAAUGUUGUGUAUAAUCUCGAACCUACCCAUUGUGAUACUCUAACACGACAUUCUCUUGCAGAAGAUCGGUCGCCGAUGGCCCAGUUCAGUCCGUGUGACCAGGCGUCCUCGAGGCGCCAGCGCGCCGGACUGUACAGCUGCCCCAAGUGUUCUCGCACCUACAAGUACUCGGACAGCGUGGCGCGGCACCUCAAGUUCGAGUGCGGGAAGGAAGCCCAGUUCUACUGUGACCGGUGUCCGUUCAAGACCAAGCGGAAGAGCAACCUGAAGGCUCACACGACCAUCAAGCACUUCUUCAAUGACUUAGCGGAUCCUCUCUGCGUCACCACUUCGCACUCGUGACCUCCACGUGUCGGUCGCUUGUGAUCCGUUCAGGGUCGGUCGCCGGGAGACGAUCUACGGCUGCUGGAUGUUUCCCCUGUCCCGCCUGCGGCAAGGUGUACAAGUACCGAGACAGCCUGACGCGCCACCAACGUCUGGAGUGCGGCAAGUUGCCGCAGUACCCCUGUCCCUACUGUCCCUACAAGGCGAAGCAGAAGAACAACGUCAAACUACACAUCAGAUAUCAGCACAAAGACGUCAUCAUUUGAGAAUAAACCAUUUACAUUUGUAUUGUCACUGAAUCUUAUCUGCACCCUUGUCCAUCGCGCUUCAACAUAGACCAAGGGCUCUUGUGGUGGAACGAAACGCAAACUAUAAGUCAUAUGAUGUUAAAUCUUGGAUGCAGUGUUGUAAUAAAGACUAUUGUAGAUUACGUUAGGUUAGAUUAGUGGGUCCAAUGGAUCACUACCAUUGUCUCUGAAUCACGAUAGUGGCCGGUUAGGUAAAUGGUCGCACAUGUUAUAACCACAUUCAUCGUUAAAAACAUGGUAAUCACAUUAGCGUCAUUACAUGCCGUUGAUGGCGGUGAUGUAGGUUUAGUUGGAGGGUAGACAAACCUGAAGUUUUAGUCGUGGAGGUACAACCACACAACUGUUGUACUAAUCGGUAUUUGCCGUGGUGUUGUAGAAAUGUUUCACCGACUAAUCUUUAAUUCUUCUUGUAACCUUCUAUUGUUCACAUGAAGUGUAUAAUCAGACAUAUAACAGUUUUACUAGUCUCGUGUUACUGUUGCAGGAGUCUCCUCUGUCCAGGCGGCCCCAACAUUCAGGUGCGACGGGUGCUCCCGGUCCUACAACCAUCGCAAGUCCCUGAGUCGCCACCAGCGACUGGAAUGCGGCAAGGAGGCUCAGUUCUCCUGUCCCUUCUGUCCGUACCGAGCCAAGCAGCCCAACAAUGUUAAACUACACAUGUACAACCAGCAUUCCGACAAAGUGUUGCUGGAUCGUUUGGAUUAAAACAUUCGAUGUAUUUUAUACAACGCUAAUCUUUAUCGACUGCGCCAUUUAAAAAUUGUUCUAGUUCUUAUAUUUCAGGAUGACCAAAUACUCAAGUAUACAUUUUGCGAAUAAUUGGAUACAGACAUCACAUUCGUGCCUUAAGAUAUUAAGAUACACUAUUUAUGUUGUUAAUUCAGAUGUAAAAAGUCUUUUAUACGUCAUUCAUCGUUAGUUAAUGAGGAAUGUACUACGGUCAACUUAAUGAAAUAUACCGACUGAGCGGUUGAAUACACCGUUAAUUUGUGUUUAAAUCACCACAACCAUAUCAAACACCUCAGUUGUAGAGAGAUUAAAGACAAUUUUAACGACCUAAAUAAUAUGUAAGCGCUUCUGAAUAUCAAGUUUAGGACCUGUUUAUCAUUUAUAGUUUAUUAAAUUCAUUGUCAAUAAUUGACUUCUUAAAACAUGAUGUUGUUACGUUAUCUGGGGAUCUGACAGCACAAUAUUGAGGGAGAUAAUAUAACUAAACUUUCAAUUUCUAGAACGUUGUGUACAGGCGAUGUGAUGAGAAUAACUAGACCUCGUGAUUAUCGUAUAUUGAGACUUGUUAAUCACCAAAGACGUUUCACCACAGGACAGCUGCUGCCCAACAGUUUGACCUGGUACAAGUGUGGGGGAUGUACUCGCAGCUACCGUUACCGCAAGACUCUGAACCGUCACAUCCGUCUGGAGUGUGGCCAGUUAGGCCAGUUCCACUGUCCCUACUGUCCGUAUCGGGGGAAGCAGAAAGUCCAUCUGGUCAAUCAUCUGACCAGCAAGCACAGGCAUGUCCCUCAGACCAGCGCCAGCAGCUCGGUAAUCGCCAGCAACUGUAGAUCAUUUACAGGCCAAGUGAUGUUCCCCUGUGCCCUGUGCGGGCGCCAAUACAAGUACAAGGACUCGCUCCGCCGCCACCUGAGACUGGAGUGUGGCAAAGACCCGCAGUUCCAGUGCAGCGUCUGCGAUUAUCGAGCCAAACAGAAGUCCACUCUUGUCAGUCACAUGGCCACCAAACACUCCAAGGUCUCGUUUCCUGCAGACAUCGUCGCCAGACAGACCUGGAAGAUCUUGAGUGAUAGUUAUAGCAAGCAUGUAAAAUUAAUUUGUAAGUUUCGUAGUAUUUCGUAUACAAGGACAGGAAUGUGCGUGUGUCACUGUCACACUGUUCAAGCUAUUGUAUCCAACAUGUUUCUUAUUUCAGCCAUCGGCCAGUUGCUGGCUGCUCACAGUUCUUGGCUGCAGCUUCACAAGUGUCCGACUUGCAGCAGGACGUACAAGUACAAGGAGAAUCUGUACCGCCACCUGCGGCAAGAGUGCGGCAAGGAGCCGAUGUUCCCCUGCGCCCACUGUCCCUAUCGCGCCAAGCAGAAGAGUACUCUCACCAAUCACGUACGCAAAAUACACACGCGCCGAGAGGAACUUGCACACCAAUACACUUGAAAUUUAACUUGUAUUUUGGUAUUGUUCAAUUAUAUUUUCAUGUUUUAUUACAA